CUCUCACUUCUUGCGGAACAAAAAAAACUUAGGCCUCAAGAACUCACAGAGAUCAAUUCAACAAAAACCUUUUUUCUGCUCUCUAUCUCUUUUUCAUCCCAUAUGUUGCUUUCUUGAGUUUAUCUUAAAAGAAUGUAAAGCAACAUCUGAGGAUUCAUUGAAAACCAGACAUAAAUUUAUAUUUAACCAAAAAAAAAAACAUAUAUUUGUGUGUGUCUUAAUGAUGAAAUAGCAGAUUGAGAGUAAGAAAGAGGUAUAACCGCAAUGGCGAUAGAGAGAAUGAGGCAGUUGAUGUCCCUUUGGUCUAAUUUGAAGAGUAGCCGCGUUUCUCUUACCGGUGGGAAUCAUACAGCCGCUAGGUUCUGCAACCGCUAGUCUCGCCUUUCUCUAACCAGCUCUUCUCUCUCUCUCUCUUUUCUUCUUUUUCUUUUAUUCUUAUAAUUCCUUUUGAUUCUCUUUUAGCUUUCUCUUCUCUUCUCUUUUUCCUAUUAGCUAUCAACUUCACUUUUGGGCACGCUCCCCUUUGUCUCUCAGCUUUUAAGACAUAGCAAAAGCAUAAAAAAAAUGGUGUUUGUUACUGUCCAAAACAUUCACUCAGUGUGUCAAAAGCAUUUUCACUACCUCUUGAAAAAGAAAGACGGUUCGAGCUAUGCUAUUGGCUCUGAGGAUUCUUCCCCCAAGGCUUCUCGCUCUGAAUUCUUGAGUCUCUUUAUGAGAUCAACCCUUUUGGCUUUGUUGUUUCUGUCAUUUACUUGGUUGAGUCUGCUUAAGCAUGAAACUGAUGCAACCGCUGCAUCUAAAUCGGUUGAACCCGACCACCACAGGCUAUUGCCUUCGCUUCUUAAUGACUUAGAGAAGGAAGGACUCUUUAAACUUGGAGAUAAAGUACUCCUCCUUAGCGAAGGAGAUGGUGAGGUCACUGGUACUUCAUACUCUCAAACAGUCAUCGAAACCGAGGUGCUUGUUGUAUCUGCAAGCGAUGAGGAGAUGAAGAGAAUGGUCCCAAGCGAGACCUUUGAUUUUGCCUUUUCACAUUCUCGUCACAUUGACUCAGUUGAGUUUCUAGACAGGACUCUCAAAGUUGGCGGUAUCCUCACCGUCCAACUCAACCAUCAUGAUCUUCCUACACAUUUCUUAAAACAUUUAAACUACGAAAUAGUCUACAUGAGGAGCUCCGACUACACGGUGAUGGCGAUGAGAAAAACAGAGCAAAAACAGAGCAUAGGCGCCACUGGGAGAAAGCUCCUCACUAUCACAGAUGAGGAGGCCAAGAAAAAAGCUUUGAGUAAGCUAGAGGAUGUUCUCCUUGAACCACCAAGAGCAGCUUCAAGGAAAUCAAGAACCUACUUGAAACGGACAAGGUACCUCCCGGACCUUAUGGGAGAUAGUUUGGACCUAGAGAGCUACUCGAGGCGGGUAUUUAUCGAUGUGGGUGAUGGAAAAGGAAGCAGCGGAACAGAAUGGUUUGUUAAAAAUUACCCAACAAGGAAGCUGAGGUUUGAGAUGUACAAGAUUCAGACAGUCAACGAUGAGAUGAGCAUAGAGUCUGAAAAUAUGGGGAUAACGGAGUGGCUGAAAGAGAAUGUGAAGGAUGAGGAAUACGUGGUAAUGAAGGCAGAGGCCGAAGUGGUGGAGGAGAUGAUGAGGAACAAGUCGAUAAAAAUGGUGGAUGAGCUUUUCUUGGAGUGCAAGCCAAAGGGUUUAGCGCUAAGGGGAAGGAAGAUGCAGAGUAAGAGUGGUAGGGCUUAUUGGGAGUGUUUGGCUCUAUAUGGCAAACUUAGAGAUGAAGGUGUUGCUGUGCAUCAAUGGUGGGGUUGAAGUUAAAGGACAGGGAGACUGACUUGAGAGAAUAUUCAUAAACCAGUCUCUUUUAUUCUGUUAUAUUUAUGUUUUCUUUCUUUCUUUCUUUCUUUAUCUAUUGUCAAUUUUCUUUUAUUUUUCUUUUGUUAAAUCUUGUGAUCAUCAAUGUAUUGUUGUGUUUAAAGUAUUUUAUGAUGUUGUAUGGUUUGGGGAUCUAAUGAGUUUAAUUAAAGUU